AUGCGGGUGAAGCGGAGAUCGCCACGCAUGCCAGGGGCGGCUAUACGAGGAAAGACCGUCUCUCGCUUCUGCCCGAAAUCUUGGCUUUCUUUGCGCCACGAUCGCGAUUCCACGAACUGGAAUUUUUGUCGAUCCGACGACAACCUCUCGUCCGCCGCCGUCGAAAAGGGACCGAGAAGAAUGGCCUUGAGAGUAGCCGCGGCCGCGUGCAUUGGGAGGCACAAGAACGCUCCUUUGAGCUUGGUUUCGGUACCCAAUCGCCUGCUCCGAAGAUCCCCGCCGGGAUUCGGUUCGCCUCUGCAACACCAAGCUGGAAGAUCCGUUCGAGCAAUUCAAGGAGCUACUGCAGAGCCGGUUGCUCCCAAGAAAGAAGAUGAACGGCAGUCGCAGGAUUGGAAGAUCAAAAUGCUCUAUGACGGGGAUUGCCCACUUUGCAUGCGCGAGGUUGACAUGCUGAGAGAGAGGAAUAAGCAGUAUGGUACAAUAAAGUUUGUUGACAUUGGCUCGGCUGAAUAUUUGCCGGAGGAAAACCAGGGCCUUGAUUACAAAACGGUUAUGGGGAGGAUCCAUGCAAUUCUUUCAGAUGGAACUGUUGUGACUGAUGUGGAAGCAUUUAGAAGACUUUAUGAACAAGUUGGUCUUGGAUGGAUUUAUGCCAUUACCAAGUAUGAACCGAUCGCGACCAUAGCUGAUGCAGUUUAUAAAGUUUGGGCUAAAUAUCGUCUGCAAGUUACCGGGCGUCCACCGUUAGAAGAAAUACUGGAAGCACGAAAGAGAAAGGGUGAAAUGUGUAAUGAUGGCGACAAAUGUAAGAUGUGAACCUUUGGCGAAGGUUAAGUUUCUUAUACUGGGGAGAGGAGCUCCAUUCGUUGCUUUUGUAAUGAAAUUCUGUUUCCUGAAAUCGCCUUUGUAUAUUGACGUGCAUUGAAUAGCCCAAUUAUAGGAAGAUUACAUUGUCCCCUUUUGUAAUACGAAAAUCUCUGGUCUGUGGAAGUGAUAACCGACCAUGAGUAAAUGGCUCCAUGAAAUGCCAUCUCCAAUCUUGUGCACAGCAUAGUUUGUUUAGAUUGUUCUCUUUGACAAGUACCAUUUAGAUGUUUGCACAAAGACUUGAACUUA